UUCUUUAUCCAUCGUCGAUAUGUAUAAAUACCAUAUCCCAUAUGAGCACCCUUAUAAACCCUAGCUCAAAUUUGCACAAGGUUUCAUCAAUGGCAGACUGUCUGUGUCUCCCAGCUAACAAUAACUCCACUGGCCGCCGAGUCGUCACCGCCACCAAUCUGCCAGGACAGUAUCUCUGCACCACCGCCGCCGGCAAUCAAGAAUUCGACGAUCAUCUCUGGUUCAAGAUCAGAAUCGAGGCUGUCUGCGACGCCGUCCAAGAACCCAUCCUUAAAAACUUUUACAAUUCCGCGGUACUCUCCCACAGGUCCCUUGAAAGUGCUCUGGCGAAUCAACUCGCCGGAAAACUCUGCUCCCCCAAUUUGUCCGGCGAGGCACUCUACGAAGUGUUCUGCAAAACCCUAAUUGAAGACGAAGACAUCCGCCGUUCGAUCAGGAAUGAUCUGACGGCCGUGAGAGAGCGGGAUCCGGCGUGCCUGAGCUACGUCCACUGCCUUCUGAACUUCAAGGGAUUUCUGGCAUGUCAGGCGCACAGGGCGGCGCACCGCCUCUGGGCUCAGGGCAGGGCGGCGCUGGCGGUGGUGAUUCAGAGCAGGGUGUCGGAGGUUUUCGCGAUUGACAUUCAUCCGGCGGCGAGGAUUGGGAGUGGGGUGGUGUUCGACCAUGGAACUGGUGUUGUGAUCGGAGAGACGGCGGUCGUCGGAGAUGACGUCACGAUCCUCCACGGCGUGACGUUGGGAGGAACGGGGAAGGUCGGAGGUGAUAGGCACCCCAAGAUUGGGAAUGGAGUUCUGAUUGGGGCUGGGACAAAGGUGCUGGGAAAUGUUAAGGUUGGGGAAAAUGCGAAAAUCGGGGCCGGCUCCGUCGUGCUGAAAGAGAUUCCGGCGGGAGCCACGGCGGUCGGAAAUCCGGCCAGGUUGUUGGAUUGAGGUGAGGUGUGGGAAGGGAAGGGACGGGACCUGGAGUCCCGUCGCGGAUGGACCGUCGAUUUGGUUGGAUUUUGGAGCCGCUCGAUCAACGGUCGGAUGUUGUUCGAGAUGGAGUCAACUUUAUUGUUGACAUUCUGUUGAAUUAUUAUUAUUGUUCAUUUAGGUUAAAAUUAUGAAGCUCUGAUUAUUUAAUUGAGUCAAUCGUUGUGAAAAA